AUAUUGGAAACCAUUAAUACGUUUCCAUUGCCAUCACCAACAACAUCAUCAUAUUUAACAUUAACAGCAAUAAAAACAACAACAACAAGAUUUUUAUCGUUGUUGUUCUCACAAUUAUUGCGAAUAUCAAAAAUAAACAACAAUAACAGCAACAAGUGUUAUAAACCUACUAUUACGAAUAAUAAUCGAAUACAAAAUUAUUUUGAAAUAAAUCACUAUCAACACUACCAACCAUCAGAAUCAACCACAACAAUAUGGCUUUUCAAAUGAUUAAAUCAGCCUUAGAUGGUACUGUUCAUCAUCAUUUAUCCGGGAAUCAACAUGGCAACAGUAAUGGCGGUGUUGUUCUAAUAAAAUAUGAAUCGAAAUUAAAUUCCGGUUCUUGGGAAGAUCCCCUACCCACGACGACCACACAUCACAACAAUAACGCCAGUCAGAAUCUAACGAAUCUAGGCAGCGCUCAAAGCGCUAAAAACGGCAACAUAACGACAACAACAGCACAAUUACAUAAUCUCACAAAUCUAAGACGUCCUGACACCUUAGCCACAGCACGUCAUAAUCUCCAGCCACUGAUUAUACAACCGAUAACAAAUCUACAACAUCAUCACCAACAUCAUCAGCAGCACAGUCAACAUCAUCAACAACAUUCAGCGUUUACCGGCAGUGUCUUAGGCCGCUGUAACGAAGCGGCAGCACUACAACAACAACAACAGCAGCAACAUCAUCAACAGCAACCUCUACUACAGGGGGCUGCUGUAACCGGCAGCACAAUAGCUGGCGGUAGUUUUAACGCCAACGGCGGAUCGACUGCCGUUGGUGGCGCCACUGACGGUUCGGCGGGUUCGCCCAAUAACAUAGCGGUUGUCGAACAUUUAUCGGACUCCGCACAAAUAGAUUUUCAAACAAAAUCACCUUUACCACCUAACAGCUCUUCGGAAGACGAAGAGUUGGCCAACGAGGAGGAUUUAAACGGCAGCGUGACGUCAUCUCUGAGUGCCACAAAUCAACGCAAUUCACAAUUGCGUUCCACUUUCAAUCGGGCCAAACAACACUUGUCCUUUGACAAAUGGCGUUCGUCGAAUGCCAACAAUUCAGCUGCUGAUACAAGCAGUAAUUCAAGUACAAGCAGUAGUGGUGGUGGUGGAGGUAGUGGUACAUUAACACGCCGAGCCAGUACAACUUGUGCCACCACAAUGCCCACAGCCCAUCAACCGCCGCGAGAAGACAUCACAACACCGGGUGAAACGCCUGGUGGUAGAUUGUCUCGCUGGUUUUCUAUACGACGCGGUUCAUCACAUCAAUACGAUGUGGGCGGUCGUGAUGGCAGACAAUCGAAUUCAUCGAGUAUAGAUUUACCAGAUUCUGUGUGUGAUGGCACACAGGCAUCGCCACAAAAAUUAACAAAUUCAGCGAAUUCAUCAAAAUCUGCCUGUAAAAUGCCUGGGGUACCAGAAAAUGAAGAUGAUGAUAUUUCAUCAUUAACCGCAUCGACUUCUAGAUUCGAUUUGGAUUUAAUGAUACCACCGGGUAGUCGUGCCAACGGUACUGCCCGUUCGGCUCACAAUCGUUUGGUCCAGCCCAUGUUACCACCAGCGCCACCUGGUCUUUCACAGCAACAGCUUAAGCGUCGCCAUAUUGUGGCUGCCAUUGUUCAUAGUGAAAAUUCAUAUGUGGCAACUCUACAACGUCUAGUCAAUGAUUACAAAAAACCUCUUGAAGAUAGUAGUCCACCCGUGUUGAGUGCUACCAAAAUAAGUACACUCUUCCAUCGCCUGCCAGAAAUUCUCCAAUCUCAUCAAUUGUUUCGCAUCGCUCUCGCUGAGUGUGUACGCAAUUGGGAUCGUGAUGAAAAAUUGGGUGAUUGUUUUGUGAGCGCCUUCAGUAAGCCACGUAUUUUAGAAAUCUAUUCAGGUUUCAUAAAUAAUUUCUCAGCUGCCAUGGAAUUAGCUAAAAUGGAAGAAAAACGCAAAUCAGCAUUGGCGGAUUUCUUCAAAGUUAAACAAAUAAGUGCUCACGAUCGUUUAAGUUUCUUUGGCUUAAUGGUUAAGCCCGUUCAACGUUUUCCUCAAUUUAUACUCUUUCUCCAAGACUUACUCAAGUAUACACCCCAGGGACAUCAUGAUCGCAUGUCGUUACAAUUGGCUUUAACACAACUAGAACUAUUGGCUGAAAUGCUAAAUGAACGUAAGCGUGAGGCAGAACAAUAUCAAGGUUUCAAAGAGAUGUUAGGACAUAUAAGUGGUACAUUCAAUACACGUUCUCUAACUACAACCGAAGGUAAUCGGCCACGUUAUCUACUGCGUGAGGAUAAUGUAACACAUAUGGAAUUUAAUCAGGCUGGUUUUAUAGUCAAAUCCAAACAACGUCGUUUGCUGUUGUUGAACGAUAAGGUCAUUUGUGUUUCGGUGGCACCCAAACAGUCACAUGAUUUUGGCGCCACCGAAAAGUUGACAUUUAAAUGGAUGUAUCCAGUAACGGAUGUGGAAAUUGUAGAUAAUAGUACUUCCGCUACCUUAUCGAGAAUAUUAACUGCUGGUCUCAAUCGCGGCGGAAGUCUUAAAUCAAACAGUAGCUCAUGCAACAAUUACUCCACCAACACACUACCUGCCAACACAUCCUCGCCUUCGACUGGAGCCUAUCAAAAUGCCGCCUUCGAUAAUUCACCCGCUGCUCUUCUAACCAAUGGUGCUGAUAAUCUCUGCAACGAAAUGAGUACACUCAUGUACGAUUACGAAGUUGUUUCACGUAUUAACGAUCUUGUUGGUUCACUUAAGGGAACUUACAAGGAACUUAACUCGAAUGUUACCCGUAAUCUUAUGAAUUCCAUACAAAGUUCUAUACAAAGAAAAAACGAAGAAAUGGCAUGGGUAGAUUCAUGUUGUUUGCAAUUAGUGGCCCGUAAUAAGAAUGGUAAAGAAGAGACGUUUACAUUCCAAACAGCAAAUCCCAAUGUUAAAAAGGAAUGGAUAACAGAAUUGCGUUUAGCACAACUUGCACUCGAUAUCAAUAAUUCACCGGCUUGGGAGACAACAUCGGCUGAGCCGUGUGCCACAAGUACGCCGGCGUAUGAACAGCAACAGAUGCAGCUGGUGCAGAGGCAAUCGAAUAAGAUGCCAUUGUUUGUUAAAGCGAUGCCGGUUUAUAAGUCACAGCAUCAAACGGAGGUUCGCUGUGGAUGUUACUAUACCAUCGCUAAUGAUUCCAAAAUCAGUGGCAAUGCCCGACGCCGCCAUAAACAACAGAAUUAUCUGUGGAUUUGCACCACAAAUGGUUCCUCAUCACAACUUACCGUUUACUCACAACAUCACCAACAGGCUGGCAAUCUACGAGAUGUUGGCACAUUUGAAUUGGCCGAAACACAAGUGACAGCAAUUGAAUUUGUCAAAGGUCUAGAUAAUUGUAAGACACGCGAAGAAUACAAUUCCUUAUUGGGUGAUCUCAUUUGGAUGGGCACCGAUGCCAAAAAGUUAUUGAUAUAUUCUGCUAAAAAUCCCGAACAAGAAGAACAAUUAAAUUGUUGUAGUGUGCCGGGCAUCGUAACGAGGAUCCUUUAUCAUUUUGAUACUAUAUAUGUGGCUCUUACGAAUGCUACCAUCUUGAUCUAUCGUCGUGCCUAUGAUGGCGUUUGGAUGUUGAAAGAUCCUCAGGUUGUGCAGUUGGGAGAGAGUGGCUUGCCGGUACCCAGUAUUUUACCCAUUAACAUGAAUAUCUAUGCUGCUUGUGCCAAUCGCGUGUACGUUUUGAACGCCUUAAAUGGUGAAAUACAACGCAGUUUUGAGGUGCAUCAUGGCUCCAAUCAGCAAGUUAAUCUAAUGGCUCAUUCUGGUAUUGGAUUAUGGAUUUCCUUAAAGAACUCAACCAUGUUGUGUUUAUAUCAUACGGAGACCUUCAAACAUUUGCAGGAUAUUAAUAUAGCUUCAAGUGUUUUGCGCAGUGAUGGCAAAAAGGAACAGGCCGUUAAUAAUAGUGCCAUUUAUGUGACCGCCCUAAUGGCCUGCAAAGGUUUGUUGUGGGUGGGCACUAAUGUGGGCAUAGCAGUGACCAUACCCUUGCCGCGUCUAGAAGGUGUACCCAUUAUAAGUGGCGGCAUUAGCAUGUCUUGUCAUGCUCAUUUUGGACCCAUAACUUUCCUAUUACCUCUGGUGCCUAAAGUGUACCCCUCGUAUAAACCCUCCUCUUCAAAUAAUUCACAAACUUUACCACCAGCUUUGAAUAUUGCAGUGGAACCCGUGGUGAUUCCUAGUAUGGGUGAUGAUUUACAAUUACCCGCAAUAGAUGCCGAUCCCAAGAAGUUAACAGAAGCAGAUUUGGAUGAAAGUACAGUGGUUUUGAGAAGAGAUUUGCCUAAAGAUGAUUCCGGUUCAGGAUCAGCUUCCCCUUCGGCCUUUAUGCUAAGAGAACUAAGUGCCGAUGGUGCGGAUUCCAAUGCCUCAUCACCUCGCUGUUCUAAAUUGGACAAACAAAACUCUUUAGAUCAAUCAUUUUCUGCCAAAAUAAGAGCUUCAUUAGCCAACUCACCAGCUUUUCAUCGUAAACGUUUUAGAGAUUUAUCCUCUGAAUCUGCCCGUAUGUCUAAAACUUUACCUAGAGGUUUGGGUUCCGCAGGCUACUUUCAAUCAGGUCUUAACUCUAAUACUAGUACCCUGUCCCAUGCAGAACAUGGUUAUUGUGAUGUCUAUGGUCUUUAUGGCAAAUUGAUCUUUGUUAAAGAAGAUUAUGACGCGGAGGAAGGAACCCAGGGUAAUCUCAUGGAUAUGAUGUAUGAAGGCAUGCGUAGAUCUGAUCCAGAAUUAGCAGCCAUACCAGGACGUGUGACCACCUUAGAUAGACGUUUAAGAAUGAAAGCCUCACGACCACGUUCUCUAGAUUUAUCUAAUUGGUCAGUGGAUUCAAAAUCCUCCAGUUUGUAUACCUCCUCGGGCAGUGAGGAAAGCAUGGGUAUACGUUUCUUUGGUGGACGUUCGGUGUCACGCAAUAGCUCUAGUGCCAGUCAUAAAACCUCAGGAAAUGGCAGUGAUUUGGGUAAUAUCUCAGAAAAUGGUCUAAUGACCGAACUGCAUCACAAUCAUAGUACACCCAAAUCUGAUGAUGGUUUCAAGCUAAUGCAACAGCAUAAACAAACGGGAGGAGCAGCAGCAUGCACCUCUUCUACACCACCUCCAGCGGCAGCUACCGCUACACUUAAACGUAAACAAAAGCAAAAUGCCAAACAACAACAGCAGCAACAAGCCGAUGGACCACGCACUAUUAUCACAUUGACGGGAGGACGCGGUUACUGGCGUCAUGUCUGGUACAAUAAUACCAAUUCACCCGGCCACAAAUCCUCUUCCUCCUCAUCCUCCCUCAGUUCAGGAGCCUCUUCUCCACUCAUUGCCAAUUCAAAUGAUGCCCACAUUGUUAUAUGGGAGAAAAAGUUAUAAUCUCGGGAGUAUGUGUGGCACUGUAAGGCCACACCACCAUCUCUAGCCAGCCAACUACACCCAUCAACAUCCAUGUAUUUACAACCACCCUCCUCAGCACUCUCCACUCCCGAACGACGUAGUCGUGUACGCUUUCGAGGAUCAUUUGUUAUGCGUGAGCGAGGUGGUGCCUCAUCAUUGACCGGUUCACCGAACUUAAGUUUAGGUACUCCCACCACAAUGGGUGGCAGUUUAAGAAGAUUGGCGAAAUUGAGACGCGGUGGUAGUUUAAAAGAGUUUUAAUUUAAACAUAGCAGUGUUAUAGUAUUCAAGUGACAGUUAUUUAUAAAGCCAUCACUUUUCUUUUGCAACAUAUUUUUGAAAUCUUUAAGUAGUUUUAAUGAAUAUUUAAAAAAAAAGUUCUUUUUACUGGUGUUAUUUAUACUUACACACAUACAUUUAAAUGAAAGCGAAAGCACUUGGCGCGAAUUUGAAAAAGCUUAAGUUAACUUUAAAUAUAUAAGAACGACUUUAUAUAUAAGUUUUUCUUUUUUUAUAAAACGAAGAUAAGGUUUAACUUGUGGUUAAAAGGAAGAAUAUCUUAUGUAAAAUUAAAACUAAACUUUUUGCUAUAAACUUAAGUUUUAGAAACAAAAAAACAAAUAUUGUUAUUAAUUAAUGUUGAAAUAAGUGUAGUUUUUAUGACACUUUUUAUUGGAACAAAAUGAAACUUUAAACCGCUCAAAACUUGUUGUCGUUUAACAUUAUAAACUCUUUGAUUUUAUUGUAAAUAAUUUGUAAACAAAUCAACACAUUACUUUUUUUCAAAUUUUCUCUAUAGAGAAUUAAAAAACAUAUUCUUUUGAAACUUGUAACUUUAACAUAAGACUAAUAACUCUUUUGCUUAUAACAUAUAGUUAAUAAACAGUUUUUCUUUUUUUGUAGGAUUUUAGUAUAUAAACAUGCCCAGAUACACACAAAAUGCAAGAAGCCUUAUAUAUAGAAUAUUGUUCUGUUUUUAAUAUUAAUAAUUAUUAUUUUUUUUACUUUUGCUUAGAAUUGUAUAAAUUAGUAAAAUAGGUUUUUCUUUGUAAAACAAAAAUGAAAUAUUUCAAUGUUAUUUAAAAUUUUUAUUUUUUUCGUUUAACAAAGAGUAUUGAAAUUGUAACGAAAUGGUGUAAAGUGUUUGUGUUUAUCAAAAUCUUUAAUAUUUUUAGUUUUUCAAAAUACAUAUUCACUCUUAUUCUGCAUUUCGAUUACGUUUACGCAUUCAGUUACGCAAUGACCG